UCUCAUAUUUUUUGCGAGACGCUUUCAGUCGCAUUAGUUAGUGCAUCAGAGUAAUUACUGCACAAUGCUUGUCCGGACGAUAUUGAUAUUUUUUGUUUUUCCUAGUAUUGUAUUGGCACAGAUUUGUGUCCAAUCGCAACCACGGAUUAUUAAGGGCAAACGGCAAAUUAUUAAAAGAAACUUUUGCUGCAAAGGCUAUAUACGUGUAAGAAGGAGUCCCCUUACAUGUAAACCGAUAUGCACAAAGAGCUGUGGGAACGGAAAAUGCGUGGAGCCAGAAACUUGCCGUUGCAAGCCAGGCUACGAGAAUCUCAACAAUUUGAUCUCUAAUCGCUGCGUGCCCAAAUGUAAGGGCGAAUGCAUGAAUGGCCAGUGCGGAUCGCCCGGUCUGUGUAUAUGCGCCAAGGGCUACAAGCUUAAUGAGUCAAGUGGUAAUUGCCUUCCAAUCUGCAACAGCGGAUGUUUUAAUGGCAACUGCAAGUCACCCGGAAAAUGCGUCUGCAACAAGGGAUUCACGCUGAAUGCCAAAAGUCAGAUCUGUCAACCACAGUGCAAGGAAGGCUACCAAAUAAAUGUUACCCUAAAUGAAUGCAAUCCAGUAUGCAGCACUGGAUGUGAUAACGGAUUCUGUAGUUCACCGGAUAUUUGUGAGUGCCAUGCGCAUUAUCAAAAGGGCACCGAUAACAAAUGUGAACCCAUUUGCAAAGACGGCUGCUUGAACGGCGUUUGUAAGUCGCCGGGAAGCUGUGAAUGCCUCACGGGAUACUCGAAAAAAACCGAGAGUAGUUGUUCACCAGUAUGUAAAGAUGGUUGUGAGAACGGAUUUUGCUCUGCUCCUUUAAAAUGCUCCUGCAACGAUGGCUACUCAAAGAUCAGUGAGAGUAGAUGUGCUCCAGUCUGCAGAGAUGGGUGUGUGAACGGAUUUUGCUCUGCUCCUGGAGAAUGCUCCUGCAACGAUGGAUAUUCUAAAGUGAAUGAGAACAGCUGUGCUCCAGUCUGUAACAAUGGAUGUCAGAACGGAUUAUGUACUGCUCCUGGGGAAUGUUCCUGUUUCGCUGGCUAUUCUAAAAUAACAGAGAACAGUUGUUCACCAGUAUGUAAAGAUGGUUGUGAGAACGGAUUUUGCUCUGCUCCUUUAAGAUGCUCCUGCAACGAUGGCUACUCAAAGAUCAGUGAGAGUAGAUGUGCUCCAGUCUGCAGAGAUGGGUGUGUGAACGGAUUUUGCUCUGCUCCUGGAAAAUGUUCUUGCAAUGAUGGCUACUCUAAAGUAAAUGAGAGCAGUUGUGGCCCUGUCUGUAAAGAUGGAUGUCAGAACGGAUUAUGUACUGCUCCUGGGGAAUGCACCUGUAAAGAUGGCUAUUCUAAAAUAACAGAGAACAAUUGUGCUCCCGUUUGUAAAGAUGGAUGUGAGAACGGAUUCUGCUCUGCUCCGGGAGAAUGCUCCUGCAACGAUGGAUAUUCUAAAGUGAAUGAGAACAGCUGUGCUCCAGUCUGUAACAAUGGAUGUCAGAACGGAUUAUGUACUGCUCCUGGGGAAUGCACCUGUAACGAUGGCUAUUCUAAAGUAACAGAGAACAAUUGUUCUCCAGUCUGCAAAGAUGGGUGUGUGAACGGAUUUUGCUCUGCUCCUGGAAAAUGUUCUUGCAAUGAUGGCUACUCUAAAGUAAAUGAGAGUAGAUGUGGCCCUGUCUGUAAAGAUGGAUGUCAGAACGGAUUAUGUACUGCUCCUGGGGAAUGCACCUGUAACGAUGGCUAUUCUAAAGUAACAGAGAACAAUUGUUCUCCAGUCUGCAAAGAUGGGUGUGUGAACGGAUUUUGCUCUGCUCCUAGAGAAUGCUCGUGCAACGAUGGAUAUUCUAAAGUGAAUGAGAACAGCUGUGCUCCAGUCUGUAACAAUGGAUGUCAGAACGGAUUAUGUACUGGUCCUGGGGAAUGUUCCUGUUUCGCUGGCUAUUCUAAAAUAACAGAGAACAGUUGCUCACCAGUAUGUAAAGAUGGUUGUGAGAAUGGAUUUUGCUCUGCUCCUGGAGAAUGUUCCUGUAACGAUGGAUAUUCUAAAGUGAAUGAGAACAGCUGUGCUCCAGUCUGUAACAAUGGAUGUCAGAACGGAUUAUGUUCUGCUCCUGAGGAAUGUUCCUGUUUCGCUGGCUAUUGUAAAGUAACAGAGAAUAGUUGUUCACCAGUAUGUAAAGAUGGUUGUGAGAAUGGAUUUUGCUCUGCUCCUGGAGAAUGUUCCUGCAACGAUGGAUAUUCUAAAGUGAAUGAGAACAGCUGUGCUCCAGUCUGUAACAAUGGAUGUCAGAACGGAUUAUGUACUGCUCCUGAGGAAUGCACCUGUAACGAUGGCUAUUCUAAAGUAACAGAGAACAGUUGUUCACCAGUAUGUAAAGAUGGUUGUGAGAAUGGAUUUUGCUCUGCUCCUGGAGAAUGUUCCUGUAACGAUGGAUAUUCUAAAGUGAAUGAGAACAGCUGUGCUCCAGUCUGUAACAAUGGAUGUCAGAACGGAUUAUGUUCUGCUCCUGAGGAAUGUUCCUGUUUCGCUGGCUAUUCUAAAGUAACAGAGAAUAGUUGUUCACCAGUCUGCAAAGAUGGAUGUGAGAACGGAUUCUGCUCUGCUCCGGGAGAAUGCUCCUGCAACGAUGGAUAUUCUAAAGUGAAUGAGAACAGCUGUGCUCCAGUCUGUAACAAUGGAUGUCAGAACGGAUUAUGUACUGCUCCUGAGGAAUGCACCUGUAACGAUGGCUAUUCUAAAGUAACAGAGAACAGUUGCUCACCAGUAUGUAAAGAUGGUUGUGAGAAUGGAUUUUGCUCUGCUCCUGGAGAAUGUUCCUGCAACGAUGGAUAUUCUAAAGUGAAUGAGAACAGCUGUGCUCCAGUCUGUAACAAUGGAUGUCAGAACGGAUUAUGUACUGCUCCUGAGGAAUGCACCUGUAACGAUGGCUAUUCUAAAGUAACAGAGAACAGUUGUUCACCAGUAUGUAAAGAUGGUUGUGAGAAUGGAUUUUGCUCUGCUCCUGGAGAAUGUUCCUGUAACGAUGGAUAUUCUAAAGUGAAUGAGAACAGCUGUGCUCCAGUCUGUAACAAUGGAUGUCAGAACGGAUUAUGUUCUGCUCCUGAGGAAUGUUCCUGUUUCGCUGGCUAUUGUAAAGUAACAGAGAAUAGUUGUUCACCAGUAUGUAAAGAUGGUUGUGAGAAUGGAUUUUGCUCUGCUCCUGGAGAAUGUUCCUGCAACGAUGGAUAUUCUAAAGUGAAUGAGAACAGCUGUGCUCCAGUCUGUAACAAUGGAUGUCAGAACGGAUUAUGUACUGCUCCUGAGGAAUGCACCUGUAACGAUGGCUAUUCUAAAGUAACAGAGAACAGUUGUUCACCAGUAUGUAAAGAUGGUUGUGAGAAUGGAUUUUGCUCUGCUCCUGGAGAAUGUUCCUGUAACGAUGGAUAUUCUAAAGUGAAUGAGAACAGCUGUGCUCCAGUCUGUAACAAUGGAUGUCAGAACGGAUUAUGUACUGCUCCUGAGGAAUGUUCCUGUUUCGCUGGCUAUUCUAAAGUAACAGAGAACAAUUGUUCUCCAGUCUGCAAGGAUGGGUGUGUGAACGGAUUUUGCUCUGCUCCUGGAGAAUGUUCCUGCAACGAUGGAUAUUCUAAAGUGAAUGAGAAAAACUGUGCUCCAGUCUGUAACAAUGGAUGUCAGAACGGAUUAUGUACUGCUCCUGAGGAAUGCACCUGUAACGAUGGCUAUUCUAAAGUAACAGAGAACAGUUGUUCUCCAGUCUGCAAGGAUGGGUGUGUGAACGGAUUUUGCUCUGCUCCUGGAGAAUGCUCCUGCAACGAUGGAUAUUCUAAAGUGAAUGAGAACAGCUGUGCUCCAGUCUGUAACAAUGGAUGUCAGAACGGAUUAUGUACUGCUCCUGAGGAAUGUUCCUGUUUCGCUGGCUAUUCUAAAAUAACAGAGAACAGUUGUUCACCAGUAUGUAAAGAUGGUUGUGAGAAUGGAUUUUGCUCUGCUCCUGGCGAAUGCACCUGUGACGAUGGCUAUUCUAAAGUGAAUGAGAACAGCUGUGCUCCGAUUUGUGAUAGUGAAUGUAAGAACGGCCGUUGCUCUGCUCCGGGAGAAUGUACCUGUUUUGAAGGCUACACCAAGCAAAGUGAGCACAAUUGUUCUCCAGUUUGUAAAGAUGGAUGUGAGAACGGAGUCUGUGAGGCUCCCGAGGUGUGCAAUUGCAAUGAGGGUUACAGUAAAAUAAGUGAGAACAGAUGUGUGCCCCUAUGUGAUAGGGGAUGUCCUAAUGGUUAUUGUGAGUCCCCUAAUAAGUGUAGCUGCAAUGAGGGGUACAUUAAAAUAGAAAAUAUUUGCAUGUCUGAAAUGAGUGCUGAAAGUUCCAGUACAGCAAGAAAUGCGAAAACGGAAAUGCCUGUAAAUGGUGGAGAUAUCCAGAUGAAUGCAUGCAAACAAAGAUGUUGGAAUGGAACCUGCAUUGAUGGUAAAUGCAGUUGUAAUCCAAACUACAGAUUGACUGGAGAUGCAAACAACAUAACACAACUGCUUUGUCUGCCCGUGUGUGAGAGGGAGUGCAUCCACGGUUAUUGUGCAUCUCCAGAUGUAUGCAACUGCUUCGAUGGGACCAUCGCACAAGGAGGCUUUGAUUGUUCGAGCAUUGAGGAUAUAGAAAAUGCUGGUUCAACAGGCAGCAUAAAUAACUUUGUAACGAAUUGGUUAUUCCUGGUUUUGAUUGUCAUCUCUGUAGUUCUGGCGCUAAUAAUUUGUUCUGUUUUCCACAUAUUUAAGCAGCGCGUAUACAGCGUGGAGAAAAAAGAAAACAAAUAUGGUGUUCACUAUUCGGCAAAUCAAGUUGAUAUAAUACGGGUCUGAAGCUUGAGCCAAUGAUUAAAUCUUAAGUACUUACCUGGAAUUUGAAUCACAGAAAUUGUAUUAGUUUAUUAUUUUAAUGAUUAAUGUGCUUUUUCUCAUUCCUUUCACCAUUAGUGAAUAUAUUUUAUAUAAUUAUACGCAUUUACGUAUCAGUUUUACCAGAUUAUAGAAAUGCCUGACAUGUCUGCUAAAUUUAUCACAAGA